GGGCAGUGGCAUCCCGGGCGCGCGGCGGGGACCGGCAUCCCGGGGACCCAAGGCGCUGGCAUCCCGGGGCGCGGCGAGGACCUUAAGAUCGGUAACACAGGGACCGGGGCACCGGCAACCCGGGUACCCGGGGUACCAGCAUCCCGGGCACUGCAGGGGUCAGCACCCUGGGGUGCGUCGGGGACCCGGGGCACCGGCAUCCCGGGGUGAGAGGAUAGCCGGAGCAGCGGCGUGCAGGGAUGAGCGGGGAAGCGAGGCAUCGACAUCCCGGGGUAAGCGGGGAGCCGCCGUGCUAGCACCCACACCCCGGGAUGCUGCUGGGUGCCGGGGCGCAGGGACAUUCCUUCCCGUCCCUCUGCGGGCGGGUGUAGGGGAGUCCCUUGCCCAGAAGCCUGCCUCUCCCGGGGGCUGCAAUCCCCCUCCCCGGGGAACGGAGCACGGAGGUCCCUCUGGAGAGCUGUGCACGCUCAGCGUGAGACCUGGGAGUGGAGGCUGGCACAGCGCUGGGCUGUUGCUAAUCACCCUCUCCUGCAUCCGAGGCGAGCAGGGAGUCCCCCGUCAUCUCCAUCUCCAGCCCUGGGCAUUUUAGUGGCCUCUCAGCGUACAGCAGCAGCUCAUGCUCUGCCUGCAGGGAGCAGCCAGUAGUGGGAAUUCCCCUUCCAUUCUCCCCACUGCCUGCCUGGCAAACCCCCGGACCGCCCAAGGCAGGGCUUGGUCCUGAGCAUCUUCACGCCGAUGAGCAGAGAGACGCUCAGCAAUGGGGAUGGGGCUCUGCAGGGGCAAUUUUGGAUGACCAGAAAACAGAUGUCUCCCCAGUCCUGUCCCAGUGUAUGGGGACACCACCCUGCAGGAGCUGGGAGGUCACCCAGCCCCACUGGCCCCCUCAGGUACUCAGCAGGGGACCCCCAGUCCUACCCCAGUCCCAUGGAUAUCCUGUAUAGGAUCUCCUCAGUGGUUUGCAGCCACCACCCCUGCACACCUGGGACGUGCACAGUCACAAGCCCUGGGUGACAGGACAUUUAGGUCUAGGCUACAGGCAAAGGAUAAGGGAUUCUUCCUCCUCUACGCAUUUCUAAUGGCUCCUUUGAGACAAGCCACACGACUCCCUGCUGGGAAGCCUCGCUGAGCUGUGGAACCCGCUCCUGCUCUGCUGAUCAUGGUCAACAAGACCUUAAAUUACUGGGGUCCCAGUUUUGAGGAGGACGUUAUCAACAUCAACGUGGGGGGUCUGAGGAGGCGGCUCAGCUCCAGCGCCCUCUCCAAGUUCCCCGACACCCGCCUGGGACGGCUGCUCUCCUGCGACUCGGAAGAGUCCAUCCUGCAGCUCUGCGAUGACUACGACGUGAGUGCCAGGGAGUUCUACUUUGACCGAAACCCCGGAUUCUUCCUCUACGUCCUCCACUUCUACCAGACAGGGAAGCUGCAUGUCAUGGAGGAGCUGUGCGUCUUCUCCUUCUGCCAGGAGAUCGAGUACUGGGGCAUCAACGAAUUCUUCCUGGACUCCUGCUGCAGCUACCGCUACCACGAACGCAAGCUGGAGAGCCGGCACCACAACUGGGAUGAGGAGAGUGAGGUGAGCAGCGUGGACACAUCCCCUGAUGAGAUCUCUGACAUCAACCACGACCUGCUGCGCUACAGCACCCUGCGCUGCGGCAACGUGCGCAAGCGCCUCUGGCUCACCAUGGAGAACCCCGGCUACUCCAUCCCCAGCAAACUCUUCAGCUUUGUGUCCAUUAGCGUGGUGCUGGUGUCCAUAGCCACCAUGUGCAUCCACAGCAUGCCCGAGUACCAGGAGGUGGAUGAGAAUGGCAACGUGCUCGAUGAACCCAUCCUGCACAAGCUGGAGUAUUUCUGCAUCUCCUGGUUCACCUUCGAAGUAUCCUCCCGCCUCCUGCUCUCGCCCAACCCCAGGAAGUUCUUCACGCACCCACUGAACCUGAUUGACAUUGUCUCAGUGUUGCCCUUCUACUUCACCCUCCUGGUGGAUGUGACCAUGGGCAGUGACUCGGAGCUGGGCAACCUGGGCAAGGUCGUGCAGGUGUUUCGGCUCAUGAGGAUAUUCCGGGUGCUGAAGCUGGCUCGGCACUCCACUGGACUGAGGUCACUGGGGGCCACCUUGAAGCACAGCUACCGGGAGGUGGGGAUCCUGCUGCUCUACCUGGCCGUGGGGGUCUCUGUCUUCUCUGGAGUGGCCUACACUGCUGAGAAGGAGGAAGACGUUGGCUUCGACACCAUCCCAGCGUGCUGGUGGUGGGGCACGGUCAGCAUGACCACCGUGGGCUACGGUGACGUGGUGCCCGUCACCGUGGCGGGGAAGCUGGCGGCCUCGGGCUGCAUCCUGGGGGGCAUCCUGGUCGUGGCACUGCCCAUCACCAUCAUCUUCAACAAGUUCUCCCACUUCUACCGCAAGCAGAAGGCGCUGGAGGCGGCCGUGAGGAACAGCGGGAAGAAGGACCCCGCGGAGGUGGGGAGCAUCUCCAGCCAUGACCGAGACUCGGAGGCUCUGAGCGAGACCUCCCUGGACAGGGGCAGCCCCGACCGCCGUGGUCUGACCCCCGGCGCCCACCCCAGCCCCUGACCCCCGGCUCUGUGGCCCUGGGGCACGUAGGACCUGCCUGCUCAUGGGGAGCAUGGCACCGGGACACGGCGGAGGAGCCACGGCCGGCAUCACCCCUGCCCUGCAAAGGAUAGGAGGGGUUGGAGGAGAUGCUCAGUGGGCGCUGGCUGCUUCCAGACCCUGCGUCUGCCUGGAUGUGUCUCAGCCUUCACCCUGCUCACCCGUGGCUGCAGAGGGAGGUUGUGGUGCUGGGUAUACCCCUGCCAGAAAGGGAGGCAGAAAAUAAAAGUGACCCCUGAUCAGGCACUGCCCCAACUGUACGGAGGGGGAUUUUCCUCUGCCCUGAGGUUUUGUGUUGUCCAGGGUGUGGUUAAAUAGCUCAAGGGUGAGGCAGCCCUCAACCAGGCCGGCAGCCUUUACAGAUCCUGUGCCGGGUCGACAACUCCAGCCCCAGCCUUGUCCUACCCCCAGCUGGAAAAAGCCUCGAAAGGCUCAACUGCGCUUCCCCCAGCCAUAAGGAAAGGGGCCUGGGAAUGAGUCUGUACGGGAGGAGAGGUAGUGACCAGCUCAGGGUGAGCCCGAUGGUCCCCAGCCCCUGCAGUGGGAUUGACUGAACCUCACCUUCUUUCCAUUGCAGCCAGGAUUUAUCUGCUCUCCGGCACUGCCACUGCUGGGACCCCCAGGGAUCUGGGGCUGUGCUGGGAGGGUGGCACAGCUGGGAGCCCUGCCCGUGCAUGGGGGAGGGACACCAGCCGGGGAUGACCAGGCAGAAGGAACACUGUUCUCUGAGGCAGCAGCAGUCGGAGCGAAUCGAGCUGGGGGAACUGAGAAGCCAAUCCCAGUGGGGCUGGUCUUCCUCGCCACAGCCCCCAGCCUGGCUUAAUUCUGCCCCUUUUCCUCCCUGUCUUAGGGCCAGGCAAGGCAGGAGGGCUGUAAGGAGGGGUUCACAGUGCCCCAGGCAUCCCCACAGGGAGCUGAGCUAUGCAGGUGCCGCUGCACUCACCUUCCUUCUGCAGGGAGAGAGCUGGGACAGAGGGGACCUUGCACUGCUCCUUGUCACUGCAGCCCCUGAGCACCUCACAGCCGGGCAGGGAGGUCAGCCUGGAGCACCAAACCCCUUUCUGCCUGGCCCCCCAGCCCACCUGAGCACUUUUGAGGCUGCUCCCAGCACAGCAUUAAUUCUCUAGAGAGCUUUUCCUUGCCCUCCCACCCCCUGUUCUCUGUUUGGAAAUUGUGCAGCUCCAUUGCACACAGAGGAGUGCACCCAGCAAUGGCUGUUCUGAGCAGGAGAAAUGUGCAUCCUGCAAUCCCAAAUCACCUCAAACACAUGUUGAUGGCUGCAGGACGACCCCAGGUACCUGGAUCGUGGGGUUUGCUGCUGGUUGUCCUAGCUGGGUUUCAGCACAGCCGCCGGUGCCAGCUCUGCCUCUAUAGUGAUCUGCUGGUCACGGGCAAGGAAAGCCAAACCAACACCGGUGCAGGUCCAGCCUUUCCAAACCCAGUGGGACUCAGGAAGGGUCCCCAAGGAACAGUGGUGUGGGAUGGGAGGGUGCUCAUGCUUCUGGCAUCAUCAAGUCUUCCAGUACCGACGGUUCAUGGUCUGCUCUGCGCUUAUUCCUGCUGGGAGCUGGGACUGGAGAGCAGCACCCUCUGCUCCGACCAGCUCCUGCUGCACUCUUACUUGAAUACAGGAAGGAGUUUCCCCUUCUCAACAUAAAUAUUCCAGUAGCAAAAUGUAUUCAAAUGUGAACAGUAAAUGACAUCUGUUAAUGAAAAAGCAUUAUGCAAAUAAUUAGGAGCAUGUAAAUUAAUUUUCUAUCUAGCAUGGGAUGCAUACUGUAUAUUUUAUUAAAAACCUUGGUGAUCUGCUGUG